CUCCCUCCUUUCCUCACAGAGCACCCAUCACAGGGAGGGCAACGCAGCUGCCAGCGAGCCCAGAGCAGCAUCCUGCAUCCCUGCACAGCCUUUUGCUUAGGAGCAUUGAGGAAACAAACAAAUGAUGUUCCUCAGAUUCUGGUGGCUUUUGUGGAUACUUGAACAAUUUUUAGCAGAAAAUCUCAGGGAAGAGAAGAUAUAUGGAUUGAGAAGAUCAAAACCUAAGCACAUUCUGUCAAAUAUUGUAGAAAAAUAUCCCAGCUCAAGUGAUCAAGAUGAAGAUUGCAUUCUGGAAAUUGCUUUUUUACUGGACAGCUCCGAAAGUGCUAAGGACUAUAAUCAUGAACAACAGAAAAGAUUUGUACUGCAAACAGUAGACAGAAUGAAAAGUCUGCAGCUUAGCUCUGGACGUACCCUGCGCUGGAGGAUGGCCUUACUUCAGUACAGCAGCACUGUUUUCAUAGAGCAAACUUUCCAUGACUGGAAAGGUCCUGAAGCAUUCAAAUCCCACAUUGCUCCCAUCGCCCACAUAGGUCAUGGCACCUACACAACUUAUGCCAUAACUAACCUUACCCAGCUCUACAUGGCUGAAGGGACUUUGGGUAGUGUCAAAGUAGCCGUGCUUUUCACUGAUGGAGUGGAUCAUCCAAGAAACCCGGAUAUUUUUGCAGCUACAGCUGAUGCUAAACACCAAGGAAUUGUAUUUUUCACAAUGGGAAUGACUAGAGUGGCUGAGGAGGUUAGCAAUGCUGCCAAGCUCCGGCUCCUGGCCAGUGUCCCAGCAUCCAGGUUCGUUUUCAACCUCCAGGAGAAAGGAAUUGUGGAGAAGGUUCUCAAAGAAAUGAAAGACCUGUCUGAGGAAGAGUGUCCCCAGGUUGACACAUGUAACUGUGAGAAGGGGGAAAGAGGCCUUCCUGGUCCUGCCGGUAAAAAGGGUCGCACUGGGGAUGAUGGAGCUCCAGGCCUGAAAGGAGCAAAGGGGGAACCAGGUCUUAAUGGAAUUCCAGGACAAGAUGGAAUAGAGGGGAAAUCUGGAUAUAAAGGAGAGAAGGGUGAAAGAGGUGAAUGUGGAAUCCCAGGAAUAAAAGGAGACAGAGGCCCUGAAGGUCCAGUAGGUCCCAGAGGAGUAAGAGGGAUACAGGGUCUGCAAGGACAAUCUGGAGAUCAAGGGCCUGAAGGCCUGCCAGGAGCAAAGGGUGAAAGAGGUCUCCCUGGGCCACCUGGCUUGCCUGGAGAGACUGGAAUAGGACUGCCAGGCCCAAAGGGUGACACUGGUUUGACAGGAAGACCGGGCCCUGUUGGCCCACCUGGAGUUGGUGAGCCAGGAUUUAUGGGGCCUCAAGGACCACAAGGUAUUCAAGGAGAAAGAGGUUCACCAGGAGAAGGGCUUCCAGGAGCAAAGGGAGACCGUGGCUUCGAGGGACCAAAAGGCCCUCGUGGACUGCCAGGCAUCAGCAUAAAAGGUGAAAAGGGUGAGUGUGGUCCUCCUGGUUUACCAGGAUCAGUUGGAUUACCUGGAAUUGGAAUUCAAGGAGAAAAGGGAGUGGAGGGCCCAAAAGGACCACCUGGCUCCAGAGGGCUACCAGGACAGGGGAUACCUGGACCAAAGGGUGAACAAGGCUUACCAGGAGAGACUGGCGUGCCAGGAGAAAGAGGUAUUGGAGAACCUGGUUCUAAGGGUGAUCCAGGGCCUUCAGGACUAGCAGGUCUGCCUGGUCUUCCAGGAGAAGAUGGAGCCCCUGGACAAAAGGGUGAACCAGGGCUGCCUGGUCUUAGAGGUCCUGAAGGUGCUCCAGGGAUUGGAAUACAAGGAGAAAAGGGAGAUCAAGGGCAGAGAGGAAUACGUGGAUUAACAGGACCAACAGGAGUGCCUGGACCUGUCGGAGCUAAAGGGGAGCCUGGUGCACCAGGACGCCUUGGAAUGCCAGGCCCUCCUGGAAGAUCUGUGCCUGGACCAAAGGGUGACAUUGGGUUACCUGGUCUUGCUGGACCAAUUGGAGAACCAGGUUUUGGGCUUCCUGGGGCAAAGGGUGACCAAGGCCUUCCAGGACCCCCUGGGCCCUUUGGGCAAAAAGGAGAUGGUUAUCCUGGCCCACCUGGCUUGCCAGGCCUCCCUGGAAUUCCCGGUGAACAAGGCCCAGAUGGAGUUGGACUACCAGGACCUAAGGGUGAUCCUGGUAGUAGAGGACCAGUUGGCCCUGCCGGUCCCCCAGGGAAAGGCUUGCCAGGACCAAAAGGAACCACAGGACGCCCAGGGCCACCUGGCUCUCUGGGACCUCCUGGUGAAGGUAUUCAAGGAGCUAAGGGAGAACAAGGUAUUCAAGGAAUGCCAGGACCACGAGGCCCCCCUGGAGAUGGGCUUCUGGGAGAGAAGGGAGAUCGAGGAGCUACAGGUGACAAGGGGAAAAAAGGAGAAAAAGGUGAUGUGGGUGACCCUGGUUUAUCUGGAGAACCUGGCAAAACCGGACCAAAGGGAGACCAAGGCCUAACAAGAGAAGAUAUCAUUAAAUUAAUUAAAGAGAUAUGUGGUUGCAGUAUUAAAUGUAAGGAAAUUCCUAUGGAGCUUGUAUUUGUGAUUGACAGUUCUGAGAGUGUGGGACCAGAAAAUUUUGAGAUUAUCAAAGACUUUGUAACUGCUUUAGUAGACAGAGUAACUGUAGGCAGAAAUGCUACCAGAAUUGGCCUUGUGUUAUACAGUUUAGAAGUUCGGCUAGAAUUUGGUCUCAACAAGUACCCAACCCGCCAGGAUGUCAAGAGAGCAAUUAGAACAAUGCAGUACAUGGGAGAAGGCACUUACACAGGAACUGCUAUCCGCAAAGCAACCCAGGAAGGAUUUUCUGGUGCUCGAGCAGGGGUGAGGAAAGUAGCAAUUGUGCUAACAGAUGGCCAAACAGACAAGAGAGAAGCUGUAAAACUGGAUCUUGUUGUUCGAGAGGCUCACGCAGCAAACAUCGAAAUGUAUGCAAUAGGAAUCGUAAAUACUUCAGAUCCAACACAGGCUGAGUUUGUGCGUGAGCUAAAUCUGAUUGCUUCAGACCCCGACGGAGAGCACAUGUACCUCAUCGAUGACUUCAACACCCUCUCAGCUCUGGAGUCCAAAUUAGUGAAUCAAUUUUGUGAAGAUGAACAUGGCACCUUAGUAUACAACCAUAAUGAAAAUGGUGCAAGUAUAAGUGGGCGAUCCUUCCAUUCAGUAUCUCCAAGUUCUUUACAUUACAUACUUCAGAAGAACAAUGUUAACAGACAAUCACUUUCAGCACAGACACCUGGAGUAUCUACAGUAGAAAGUCCUCUGAGUCUUGGCCAUCUUCCUCAACCAUUAGCGCCGACCAAUGUACCUCCUGUAGUCUAUGACACCUAUGAAGAGGAACAAGAUGAAGAACAACAGCCAACCUUAACAGGAAACACUAGAGCUGUGUUACCAUUACUGUCAUCUAAACAACCACCAUUCAAUAAAGUGAUGACAUCAUCUCUUUCAACUGCAGACCCCACACCAAGACCUGAAAGCACUGUGGACCCGCGCUGCAAGCUAAGGCUGGAGCAGGGGCCCUGCCGCGUUUACACCAUCAGAUGGUAUUACGAUGGACAGGCCAAUGCCUGCGCUCAGUUUUGGUAUGGGGGCUGCCAUGGCAAUGCAAACCGCUUUGAGUCUGAACAGGAAUGUACACAGGCUUGUGUGGUUUUUUCUGGAGGUAGAAAUUAGUCUCUACAUUAAAAAUUAUAAGGUUGAAGCUAUUGAUUGUUUGGCUUUUUUUUCAAGUAUCCAGCAUGGUAUCUAAAAUCAAACAAAGUAAUUUAGAGAAUGCUAACAUUAUGAAGUCACAUGCCCACUAACUAAAAAAAGUCUACAUAUGCAAGCGUACUUAAAUAUUUUUAGCAUUUAUAAUAUGACAGAAAUUAUAACAAAAUAGCAAAUUUUCAACAGUAUCAAGAGUACAAAAUGUCCUUUUUUACUCAGUAAUAGUAAAGCCAGUAUAGCAUUUGCCAUAGCAGUUUCCCUUCCUUCACCUAGAUCUUUAAAUACUACCAUUGUACAGUCAUUAACUAGAUCUUAUUUUAAACUACAUAUAUUGCUUUGAAAGCCAAUCCUUGGUCAUUAUGUAAGUUCUUUUCCUUUUGUUAUGGAAAUCUAAUAUUUGGCAUGGAUUCUGCAAUGAAAUCUUCACUUCUUUUAAAUGAAACUAUUCUUACAAAUAGUAUUUUACGAUUUAAAGCACAAAACAUCAACUUCCAAACGAGAUGCAGAGUACUGCUUAAUACAGAUAAAUACAUCAAAUGCAUCAACUUGUAGGCAACAGAGAACCUGGGUUCUCUGGGUCACAAGACAGGGAGUUGUUCACUUACCCACCUUUCCUAAGCCCAUCACAGGUACAUUUCAUCCUUUUUUUCAGUAAACUCUCCUCAGUUUUUAUUAGCUAUCCAAGAUCCAUUACAAUUACAGUUAAAACAC